CUGAUCAACACAAUCAUUCUUGCAUCAUGAACAGUCUUGUAGUUUUCUCCGCCCUGGUGGCCGUCGCCUCGGCCGCGUCCUAUGGGUACGAGCCCAAGUACGAGCCCAAGUACGAGCCUAAGUACGAGCCCAAGGAAUAUGGAGGCGCCAAGAGCUACGCGAGCUUCCACAUGGAGUCUCACAGUAUACCCAUCAAGGUGCCAGUCGUGUACAAAGAGAAAUACGAGUACAAGCCCAAGUAUGAGGAGCCCAAGUAUGAGAAGUACGAGCCCAAAUACGAACCCAAGUACGAGCCCAAAUACGAACCCAAGUACGAGCCCAAAUACGAGCCUAAAUACGAACCUAAGUCUUACAAGUACGAAGAACCCAAGUAUGAAGUGAGCUACGAACCCAAGUACGGACCGAAGUAUGAAUUCAAGUAUGAAGAGCCCAAGUAUGAAAUUUAUGAGCCAAAAUACGAGCCUAAGUAUGAGCCCAAAUAUGAAUUCAAAUAUGAGGAACCCAAGUAUGAAAUUAAAUACGAGCCCAAAUACGAGCCGAAGUAUGAAGCUUAUGAACCUAAGUACAAGUAUUAGACAUAUUGAUUGUUAAUUCUCUUACCUUCAUGUUAUUUAUUUCAUCCAAACUCUAGAAAGUUCCUUAAAAAUUCACAGCCUGUAUCAUUCAAUUCAAAUUAAAAAAUCUAUUACUGUU